CUAGUAAUAUGUAAUGAUAUUUGUCGGCUUCUGUAUCAUUUUUUUCUUUGAUUCGACUCGUGCAUCUUCUCCGAGGAUAUUUCAACGCUCAUCCGGAAGACAUGCAUCAUCUUCAAGAGAUUGAAACGGAAAACCAGUGUCGAAGAAAACGGGGUAUUCGUCGCUCAGGCUGCCAUAAGAAGCUCUGACAAGAGAUUAUAAGCUUGGUACAAUUCUAGGAGUCCACCUGCAAGCGUCAGUGUGUGUCACCAAUAUCAAUAUGCAGACAAUGUCAGACUUCUAUCCAUACGACCUUCCCGUUGAUCAAAGAUGUCAUAUUGCUUGGGUCCAACAAACUUGUUUCUCCGUCUGAGUGUACCAAGCAUUGAUUAUAAAAGCUCCCUCAUCUCGUCCACUCCAAUCCCGACAAUCAACUCAAGCGCAUUUCAACUCAACUGCACUUUCUAUACUCAUAUACUCACUUCCACAAUCCAAGCCCCCCACCACAGCCAAAAUGCUCAUCUACGUCGGCAAGCUCAACUACUCCCCCUACGCCUCGGACGAGAUCAUCGCCGUCGUCUUCCGCGACAACGUCCAGGUCGGAGACCGCGUAUCCGUCAUCCUCCAAUGGUCCAAGGACGGCAGUGGCCACGUGAAGGCGAACUCCAGCAACGACGGUACCGUGAACAAAGUGAAUGCCAGCUCCACCAGCGAGAGGGACAUCGAGUUCUUCAAUCAUGAGAAGGAGAGUACUUAUUACUGGUACAAGGGAAAGAUCUCGAAUACCAAGUUGACCUUGACAAUGGUUAAUAAGAGUGGACAGGAGGUGGCGAAGAAUAUUGAGCUGCAUCUCAGCUUUUUCUAAGCGCACAGGGAGAUGAUUUGGAUCUUUUUGGCUACAUCCAGCUGUGACAUGGCUCAGGAGCUUCAUGAGAGUCUAAUCUUCCUGCAUCACCAGCCCAGCCCGCACACCGAC